AUGGAAGCAGCAAUAAGAGACGCUUUGAAAGCGCUUAAAAAGCGGCAUUUACUGGAAGAAGGCGCCCAUUCACCUGCCUUGAUCGCUCUAUCUCUCCCGAUUGUGUCGCAGGGCUCAGAAUGGAAAGAAAAAGCUGAAAAUCUUGAAGUGGAGCUCCAGCAAUGUUACAAAGCUCAAUCUCGUUUAUCAGAACAACUUGUGGUGGAAGUGGCUGAAUCCAGAGCUUCCAAAGCUUUAGCACAAGAAAAAGAAUCCAUGAUAGCUGAGUUGCAGAAUGAUCUUAGUCAAGAAAGGAAUGAAUGCCUGCGCCUAAAUGAGCUUUUGGAAGAAAAGACCAAGGCGCUAGAGCUGUUGAUAAGUGAACACCAAGAACUUAAAGCACAACUAGAGGCAACCACUGUCAGAGCUGAAAACGCAGAAGCAGAAAACAAAAUGCUAAUUGAUCGUUGGAUGUUGGAGAAGAUGAAAGAUGCCGAACGCCUAAAUGAGGCUAAUGCCAUCUAUGAGGAUAUGCUGGAUCGCCUCAAAGGAAGCAGCAUACAACUUCUCGCUCAUCAACAAGUGGAUGGCAUUGUCCGCCAGAGUGAAGAAGGCGCUGAGUUCUAUGUGGAGUCAACAAUCCCUGCCACGUGCAAGCUGAGGAUCCCAGCCCAUGAAGGCGGCUGUGCUUCUAUCCUAUUUGAGCACAAUUCCACCAAAUUGGUCAGCGGAGGACAGGACAAAGCCGUGAGGACUUGGGACACAAACACCGGAUCACAAAGUCGGGCUCUUAAUGGUGCCCUUGGCUCCAUCCUCGAUAUCUGCAUUACUCACGAAAACAAAUUCAUUAUAGCGGCCAGCAGCACCAAUAAUCUCUAUGUAUGGGAUGUGGGCUUGGGCCGGGUUCGCCACACCCUCACGGGCCACAUGGACAAGGUCUGUGCCGUAGAUGUAUCCAGGGUGUCGAGCCGCAAUGUCGUUAGCGCCGCUUACGACCGUACGAUAAAAGUGUGGGACCUUCAGAAGGGUUAUUGUGUUAACACGCUUAUAUUCCACAGUAAUUGUAAUGCCCUCUGUUUUAGCACGGACGGGCAGACGAUUUGUUCAGGGCAUGCGGAUGGGAACCUGCGGUUAUGGGACAUUCGUAGUGGAAAGCUUUUGAGUGAGAUUGCGGCCCAUUCUUUUGCUGUCACGUCUAUGUCUUUAUCGAGAAGUGGGAAUGUGAUACUGUCCAGUGGGAGAGACAAUCUGCAUAAUUUGUUCGACAUUCGUACGCUCGAGGUUUGUGCGACUUUGAGAGGGAAUGGGAGUAGUAGGGUGGCGUCUAAUUGGAGCAGGUCGUGUUUGAGCCCGGAUGACAGUUAUGUAGCGGCUGGGAUGGUAGAUGGGUCGGUGCAUAUUUGGUCGGUGGCUAGUGCAAAACUGUCCGAGAUCGCCGAUUACGGAUUCGGCCGAAGAUCCAUCGACACAGAUCCUCGAUUCUCCCUCGACGCCCCCCCACGAUUCUCCCUCGACGAGCCCCCACGACACUCGUUUGACGAGCCUCCUCGAGCCUCUUGGGACGGCUACUACUUCACCGGAAAAAAUCUCCCCAAAACACCACUCCAAAACGGGCCUUCCUCCCGAGCCCACCCGAGACCUGAUAUGCAUAUGAUCCCUCUCGAACAACCCCCGAUUGAUGGUGAUAACAACGUGCUGCUGCCAGGUGGCUCGACCCAGACUCGAGACUACUAUCUCGAUUCUUCUUCUUCUAGAAGGCGAAAGAGCCUCGACAGGUCGAGUUCGAUCAGGAAAACCGCGGCUGCAGUCGUAGCCGAAAUAGACGAGCUGAAAAUGGCGGCUGCUUCGUGUUCUUCGUCGACUUCCAAUGCCAAAGUCCUCCCCACGAACGCUGAGGAUUAUGUUCGUGGGGCGAAAGUUUUGGUCGAUGAUGACAUCUCGGAAGGCAUUUUGGGUAUUUCGGAGAAAAAGGAGCCGGCAAGAGCGAAAAAAUCCAGAAAAUGGGGUUGGAAGAUAUGGGGUUUCUUGCAUAAGAAGGGUAGCCAUAAGAACGAAUACGAUCACGAUAAUGGAGUCAUCGAAAGGUCGUGGUCUCACUCGUGGAGAAGGGAAGAAAAUAAUAAUAAUAGCAACGAUAGCGGGCUUAGCUCGAAUAAUAUUUUACGGAGCAAUAGUAGCGUGAGUUGGAGGCACGCGGGCCCGGUUGGGGUUGGGCCCGUAUUUGCAAACGGAAGGAGGAGCGACUACGGUGGGGUGGAUAAGAAAAGGAAUAAUAAUAAUAAUAAGGCGAGGUAUUCACCGAGCCAUUUGGAUAACGGGCUUUUGAGAUUCUAUUUAACGCCCAUGCGGGCCAACCGGAGAGGAGGGACGGGUCGGGUCAAGCCCGCGAACCCGCAUUCGGUCGGGAGGAGUGUGAUGAGGAUGUAUUGA